UGUUCAAAAAGAAAAAAAAAACAAAGAAAGAAAAUAUCCUUACAAAAAAAGAUUUAGAUGAUGACCAUGCCGAAAUCGCUUUUGCGUUUGCAUUUUCUCUCGCUACUCUUACUAUGUUGUUGUGUCUCCCCUGCAAGCUUAGCUAAAAUAGAUGGUCUAUAUUAUCUAGAUGAUGUUGUCAUUGGACUUGUUCCUUGUCUUCCUCGGCAGAUUGAAGCCUUUACGCAGUUCACAAAAGAGUUUGAUACUCGUUCGUGCAACCAUAGUGACUACUCUAAUAAUGGAGCUUGGUGCGACAACUCCACAGGUGCAAUCACCAAGAUACAGCUCACGGGCUGUCUAAGUGGAACUCUGAAGCCCAACAGUAGCCUAUUUGGGUUCCAUCAACUCCGUCACCUUGAUCUCAGUAACAACAACUUCAUCUCCUCUACACUCCCUUCCAGGCUCGGCAAUCUCAACAAAUUACAGGUGUUGAUUCUUUCCUCGAACGGCUUACUUGGCCAAGUUCCUUCUUCUAUUAGUAACCUAAGCCAACUUUCCAUUUUAAACCUUUCCAAAAAUAGGCUCAUUGGUAGUUUCCCACUUGUAACUAAUCUAACCAAGCUCUCGCUUUUUAGUUUAUCUCAUAAUCUCUUCACUGGAACCAUUCCUUCUUCUCUCUUCAUGAUGCCUUCUCUUUCUUAUCUUAAUGUGAAUGAAAACCAUCUAACCAGUCCUAUUGAAGUUUCAAACUCCUCUAGGCUGGAGUACCUGUACAAAACCAAUUUUGAAGAAAAUAUCCUAGAGCCUAUUUCAAAGCUCACCAACCUCAAGUAUCUCGACCUUUCUUUCCUAAAUACUAGCUACCCAGUUGACUUAAGGCUCCUCUCUUCUCUCAAAUCUUUGUUGAGACUUUAUGUUUCCGGUAAUAGUUUAUUGGCCACUAGUAUAGGUGUUGAUUCCGACAUUCCACCGAACUUGGAAACCUUGAUCAUGAGGAACUGCAACGUCACCAAGUUUCCAAACAUCUUAAGGAAACUAAAACACUUGCGGACUGUAAGUAUAUCCUCAAAUAGAAUCAAAGGAAAAGUCCCUAUGUGGUUGUGGAGCCUUCCUCGUCUAAGCAUAGUGCUUAUUGGCAGUAAUUAUUUCAACGGUUUCGAAGGGACAAGAAACGUUUUAGUGGAUUCGUCGGUGCAGAUCUUAGAUAUGGGGUUUAACCAUUUUGAAGGAGAAAUUCCCCUCCCACCACUCUCCAUCAACACCUUCUAUGCACGGAAAAAUACUUUCACAGGAAACAUACCUCUUUCAUUCUGCAACCGAACCUCUCUUACUGUUCUUGAUUUAUCCUACAACAACUUCACCGGUCCAAUUCUUCAAUGUCUGAAUGACUUCAAGAUAGUGAAACUCCGGAAGAAUAACUUGGAAGGCAAUCUUCCAGACAGGUUCAACGUAGGAAACUCCCUGCGGACAAUUGAUGUUGGCGAGAAUCGAUUAACCGGAAAGCUUCCAAGGUCCUUUCUAAAUUGCUCUUCUUUGAAGUUUCUAAGUGUGGACCACAACAGAAUCGAAGAUACGUUUCCUUUCUGGCUCAAGGAUUUGCCUAACUUGCAAGUCUUUAAGCUUCGUUCAAAUAGAUUCUACGGUCCAAUAUCUUCUCCUGAUCAAGGUCCUUUAGCGUUUCCGGAGCUUCACAUUUUUGAAAUAUCUGAUAACAACUUUACUGGAAGCUUGCCGCCAAGCUACUUUGUGAACUGGAAAUCACCAUCACUCAAGAUUAAUAGAGCUGGGACCAUGUAUAUGGCAGAAGAUAUUGGUGCCUCUACAUAUGAUGAUCUUAUAGACUUGCAAUACAAAGGUCUUUCAAUGGAGCAAAUGGGCAUCCUUACUUUCUACAGCGCUAUUGAUCUUUCUGGCAACAAGAUUGAAGGACAAAUCCCAGAAUCUAUUGGCCUCUUGAAGACAUUGAUUGCGCUCAACUUAUCUAACAAUGCAUUCACAGGCCAUAUCCCUCUCGCAUUGGCCAAUGUUAUGGAGCUCGAGUCACUAGACCUGUCAAGAAACCAACGCUCCGGGACUAUUCCAAGUGGACUCAAGAGCCUCUCGUUUUUGGCGCACAUAAAUGUGUCUCAUAACCAACUCAAAGGUGAAAUACCACAAGGAACACAAAUCACUGGGCAAUCUAAAUCCUCCUUUGAAGGGAAUGCAGGACUUUGUGGUUUGCCUCUCGAAGAAAGUUGCUUCGGGCCACCAACACAACAACCUAAGGAAGAAGAAGAAGAAGAAAAAGAGGAGGAAGAAGUGUUGAACUGGAGGGGUGUGGCAAUAGGGUUUGGGCCUGGAGUGUUGCUUGGAUUGGCAAUAGCACAAGUCAUUGCUUCAUACAAGCCAGAGUGGCUCAUCAAGAUAAUGUGCCAGUGAAAGCGCAUAAACCAUUAGUAUUCUUUCAGUUUUCACUUAAUCUUCGAAUGUCUGUCAAGAGUUUGAU